CCACAGCAGAGGCGCUGUCUGAACCACAGGAUCAGCCUCACCAGUGGGUCACGUGUCCCUGUUGUGACGAAGCAGGAAGUAGCUCCCCGUGGAGAGCAGGCACACGCGAGAGGAAGAGGAGGCACAGAGUAAACAUGCCACAAACACCCUUUAAUACAAAUGACAUGAACCGUGGUCAUUGUGUUUGACUCUUCAAGAGGUGUUUCUGGUUUCCGGGUGACUUUUUGCACACACUUCCGCGUCGCGGGGAGAUGAAGAAGGGGGGGGACAGUUCAACUUUAACCGCCGCUUGUACUUUUAAACGAGCAUGUUUCACCAAAAUUCCCCGUUCAAAGCUUUUAUCCGCGUGGGCCUCCGUGUGCGGGUUGACAAACGCCUCGUGACGAGGUCAGCGCCUAACAUGUCGGACGAAGGAUGGAAGGCGCGGAAAGGCAGGAGUCGGGCAGAGGUCACUGCUCACCUCAAUGAAAGCGACCCGGCAGGAAGAACGUUAACAGAGGAACAACUGGACGUCCAUGUAGCCCAUGUGGAGGCGUGCGAGGCAAAGAAGCAGAUGUACGUCGACCCUUCCAGUGGGUACAAGGUGUUCACAGAAUAUGCCCACCUUCAGAGAGGGAAAUGUUGUGGCACCGCCUGCAGACACUGUCCAUAUGGCCAUGUCAACGUGAAGGACCCCGCAUUGAAGAAGCAGUAAUUCUCUGUAUUAUGUAUAGGCGUCGACUGGCGAAGGGAAACGCCCGUUCAGGAUGGAUCCCGGAACACGUUGCUUGGCUUCCGCCUGUCGCUGUUUGGACUACUUGAGUCAUUUUUAGCAGUGUACUAAAUGAUGAAAUACGGCUAGUGUCUGUGCAAUAUCUACCUCCUGUGAAUCACAAUUAUCCCCUGGAUUCAUUUUAUUCUCACCAGACAGGGAAGGAGGAAGAAGUAGUAUUUGUUCACUACAACCUCAGGAAAAUAGUCCUUUAUCCUUUUUUUGUUUCUGCUGUUUUUUCUCAAAUGUCCAAUCAAAUGCCUCAAGCCUCAUUUUUCUUUUCUCCUUAAGAGCAUUUAAUAUGUUGUGGUAUUUCCCUCCUCGUAUGCAUUAACACGGGUUGUGGGAGUAUGGAGAUGAAAACUGAAAGAGCAUAUUAGAUCUCAGCCCUCAAGAUAAAGGGCAUGUAAGCGAAUGUAACUGUAACAACUGUAGCGAGUCAGAUGGAGCCUCGUGCUCUUUUGCUUCGCCUCUCCGGUUCUUCUUCCUCCCAAAAGUAGAGCGGCAUGAAUAUUAGCAUCAUUUAAGCAGCCGACUUAACUGUCUACCUUUGACUGGAACACUGUGUUGUUAAAAAUAGGCGGCGGUUGUGGAGAGGGGGGGCGGCGACCAUGGGUCAGCCCGCACACUUGGCUGCGCUGCUUGUACACCACUUGAUGGAAUCAGUCUGUUAACAAACAUGCCACGGACAUCAACAGCAGCCCUCCCCACCGGACCAGCAG